AUGGUUCGUGUAGCUCCAUCUCGAUCAAUGCAUGAAUUCCAGUUUGACGAAGAAUCUCAAGUAGUAGAGAAGGCUGAGGGAACAACUGGUCUAAGGCAAAGGUGUGGUCAUUUUUUACUUUUCGUAGAACAGAAAUUAUUUUUCACUACUUCAAUGGGUUCAAAGUGUAAAAAUGAUCCAGAUAUGCCACAGGUUGGCAUGAUUGUAACACAUAAGGUGGGGAGGUGGAAAGUGAUGAGGAACAUUGCGUCAGGGCCAUUCUCAGAUGUAUUUAUAAUCGCUGAUGUCGAAAAUUCCAAUCAAAAAUACGCCAUGAAAUGCGAGAGACAAGAAGGAAACAUCAGACCCGUGUUGAAGCUCGAUGUUCUUGUUUUAAUGUCAGUGAAAGGUUCUGUAGGAUUCCCGCUUUUCAUAGCUGCAGGAAGGACGAGGACAUAUAGAUAUUGCGUAAUGCAAUUAGUCGGUCCUGACUUGGGAAAAUUGAGACGGAGCCUGAUCGAUAAAAGGUUUUCGGUUCCUACUGCAUUACGAGUUCUACAGCAAACUCUGCGGAGACUAGAAGUUCUACACGAUGCAGGAUGGCUGUGCCGUGAUGUGAAGGCUCCUAAUUUUUGUAUUGGUCUUGGGAACGAAAGCGGUGUAAUAUAUAUGCUUGAUUUUGGUUUUGCCAGGAAAUUCAAAGAGACCAAUGGAGCGAUUAUCCCUGCUCGAGAGGCAGCUGCUCUACUUGGGACAUUUCAGUAUACCUCACUUGCAAGUCAUGAGCACAAGGAUCAAGCGCCAAAGGACGACCUAGAAAGCUGGUUCUACAUGGCGGCAGAACUGUUAAAAGGUCCACUUCCUUGGUGCAAAAUAGACGGUCACAAGGAACAUCAAAAAAUCGCCGAGCAAAAGCGUUUGAUCCGUACUGAACAUCGUGCAGCGUUCAUGGAAGGAAUGCCAUCUGAAUUCGAUCUCAUUUUGUCGAAGAUUGAUGGAAUGACAUUUUCUGAAAGACCGCAAUAUCACGUCUUCAAUGCCCUAAUAGAUCAAGCCGCCGAAAAACUUGGUAUAACUCUGCACGAGCCUUUUGAUUGGCAGCAAAAUACUCGAGUAAUGAGAAAGGCACAAUAUGUGGGUGAACUUGGCGAAUCAAACCUGGCGUCAAUGAAAAUGGAGGAGGAAGUAGAUAGUUCGCUUGACGAAGUGAAGUCUUUUGAAGGGAAUCUCUUGGCGAUGGGCUAA